ACUGGCGUGUAUUUGGAUCGACUACCAUCAUCCAAUUCCUCCAUACAUAGGCAGCAGCGGAGACUAGUCCUCAUAGGACAUGCAGGGAUCCUGAACGUGUCAAGUCGACUCUGAGUCGACUGAUUCUGAACGGAAUAGGCGCGCGAGAUGCGUUUCUUCAGGUUGAACUUCCGCCACAUCCUGUCAAGCAUCCAGUAGAGCCUUCACCAUGGUUUCUCCUCAUCUUGAUGAAGUUCUCCCAGUUAACCCUGGCCACACCCGUCUAAAUGAUCGAUAUCAGGUGAUACGUAAGCUUGGCACAGGCGUAUUCUCUGAGACUUGGCUUGUCGAAGACGAAAGGCGCGAGUACGUCGUGGGUUUCUCAACCGAUGUGCUGGACCUGACUAUACUCAGGUUCGGGAAAUAUCAUGCAGCAAAGAUCCUGACACUCGAUGCGACACAACGGCAUGGAACGGGAGAAAUGCAGGAACUUCAAUUCUUGAGGAAGAUUGCUGAACAUAGCGAUGACGUUGAGAACCUACCCAUUCUUGAAGACGACUUCAUCGUUCAUGGUCCUCGUGGAGAUCAUCUCUGUUUCAUUAUGAUUCCUCUCUGCUCCGAUGUUUCUUCUUUUCGCCGCAGCUCUCCUACCAAAGCCCUCCCUGUGUACUUCGUAAAGAACAUUAUAUCGCUCGUCCUUGAGGGAUUGGACUACCUGCACGGCCUUGACAUUGUUCAUACUGAUGUGAAGCUCGAUAACCUCCUUUUUUCCGGAAUUGGCGAUAAACAAGUGGAGGAGCGUAUUGGAGAGCCUCUGGCGGUCGAAGGCGAGUAUGAGGUGGACGGUAUCACGUACCCAUUGUGUCGGCCGCAACCUCUACCACAUGGAUUUACUUGGAAGGACAGUCCACACGAGGCGGAGCGUAUCUUAGUCACUCUCACAGAUCUCGGACAAGCACAAUGUGCUGGCCAGACACCGACAGUGGAUGAGUUCAGUGCACCCUCGCUUCGCGCUCCCGAACUGAUAUUACGGUCAAGCUUCGGUCCGAAGAUUGACAUAUGGGCGGUUGGCUGUAUUACGUUCGAAUUGUUAACAGGUCACUGGCUAUUCAACCCAGUAGAUGGAGAGCCGGAAUGGACUAUCGAGGAUGAUCACCUUGCAAAGAUGAUGGAACUCACUGGAGAGUGCUUCACGCCGGAAACUCUCAAGUACGCUCAAAGGCGCGAAGAGUUUUUUGAUGAUAACGGUACGUCCAAGUUGGGUCAGCACUAUUCCCAACGUCUGGCUCAUGCAGUCCCGAUCUCUAGGACGUCUCCUGCGAAUCGAUCAACUGAUUCCAGUCAGUCUGGAGGCUGCUCUAUCCAAUUACAAACUUCUAGACCCUGCAGAUGUCGACUCUGCUGCCGCGUUCAUUCGUUCUUGUUUAUGCCUUGACCCAUUCCAAAGGCCGACUGCCAGAGAAUUGAUGCUUUCGCCAUGGCUUCGAGAUGCUUUUUAUUGCUGAUAGUCUUCAUUAAUCGCGCUUUGCAUUUUAUCGACCCACCUAAUGAUACUCUACACUAGAGAUACUUAUUUUGAUCAGUUCUGCAUUUUCCCAGUCGGAAAGGGACUGAAUGCUUUCAAAUGAGCGUUUGCGUCGCAUACCGAUCCUCACACGAUAUCACGAUAUCGUGUGAGGGGCUCGGUAUGAGCCUUGCAUACCGAUAUUCACCGUACAUUGAAGCCAAUGGCUUGACAUUUAUAUUAUUCUGUCUGACUUCUGGCGCUGAG